GCCCGCGUCCCGCCCAUGGAGUCAUCCGCCGGGGGCGGCGACCCGCGCCCGUCGCCGUCCGGGGGCGCCUCCCCUCCGCCCCCGCCUCCCCCGCCGCCGCCGCCCAGCGGGUGGCUCGCGGGCCUCGUCUCCGGCGCCGGCCGGCUCCUCGCCUCCGUGCUCGGCCCCUCCCCCUCCUCCUCCCCGCGCGGCUCCGGCCCCGCCGCGUCGGGCGGGUCCGCCUCCUCCUCCCCGACCUCGUUCUGCCAUCCCCGCGAGGGCCUCCACGGCGGCGCCGGCGCUGAUUUUGAUGAUUCUGUGCGUGUCCCAUCGAAAAACAAUCAGUUAAACCAGAGUGAGGAGACUGACCUGAAAGACUAUACGCAGGGAUCCCUAGCAAUUGUCUCAGAAAUUGAGCCGAAAGAUGCCAUAAUGCAGUUGCUUAUGCAGGAAACCUACUCAAGGUCUGAGUGCAGUACACUAAUAAAGAUAAUUCAAGAGCGGGUUGUGGAUCCAGAUUCAGGUGGAAUUGCUGAUGGUGAGAUUGCUCUUCCGAUCAGUUGGAAGGCUGACAACCAACCAACCCUUGGAUAUUCUUCAUUUAGUCCAAAUGUGUCCUUGCCUUCAACAUCAAACUUUCGAAUCCAUGGCCAUGGUUUUGAUAAUAGUGCUGCUGCCGACACAGUUCCAAUAUUAACUCCUGCCAGUCGUAGCCUUUUCAACGAUAAAGCUGACAAUAUUCAGCCUGCUUUCAAACGAAGGUACUCUGUUGUGCGGGAUAUCCCCGAGGACCUUCGAAGAGUCAGGACAAAGGCUGAUGGAAAUCCGAUACACAUCACAAAAUUUAAGCAAGUUGAUGUUGUUAGAAAUCGUCCAGUUUUUUCAGGAGAAGGCAAUAAACUGUUAUCAGAUGUUCCCCUUCUUGGGGCAAACAACUUAGCACAUUCUAACAUUGUCUCGAAAGUUGAAAGAGCUAAUGAAAAAUUGGAUGUCCCUAGCAAACCUCCGGCAGUGCCAAAUAAGGAUCUGAAGAACGGGUUUCCUUUGAAGUUGGAGCCUUUAGAUGGUCUUAUUCCCUUUGAGCAGAAGAUGAUGGACUUGUCACACCAAAAGCAUAAGGAUGCUGCAUAUGAUGACUCGGGUUCUGUUUCAAAAUUAAUGUUCAUGGGGGAUAUUGAGGCCACACCUAGCUUGCAGCUACAAAACGGCUCCAAGAACCGCAGGAGAAAGCAAUCCAACUCUCCGAGGACAACCCCGAGGGCCACAGAUUCGCCCGCCAUGGGCACACGCCGCAGACUCGGCGACGCCACGGUCAAGGGAGAGAUCAAGCUAGAGCAAACGACGCCGAUAGCGAUGGACAAGCAAGAUCCAGACUAUGUCCCAGAGAGGAGGCCUGCCGGGAGGCCGAAGAAGGCCAAGUAACUUGUCCUGGAUCCUGUUCAUGGGCUCGUCGUCGCCUCUGAAGGUGGCAAGAAAUCUGCAGUAUUGGAGGAUGAUGAACUGACAGGGCGACAGGACUGCCAUGGAAUUUCAGCGAGGACUGAUCUGAAUCUCUCGUAGAGACGUAUGCCUGCUGGACGGGUUAUUUAGAUGUUUAGAGGGAGAAGGGAAAGGACAACAUGCCUGCCAUGUCACUAGUAGUAUAACCAAGUGGUUUAGUCGACUAAUGUGCUAGUACAUGCAUCAUGGCAUAGGGUGCACUGUAAAUCAUAGGAAUUCAGUUCCAUUUUAUUCAUCUUGCGUGACACUGCACUGGUUCGGCA